UUGCAUUGUGACUUUGCCUGCCUGAUGUUCAAGCACCUGGUGCACAAGCCAUCGGAGCAGAGAGUGAAGGAGAUUGUCAUCAAUGCCGUCAGGAUCGAGCAGGAGUUCCUCACGGAGGCCUUGCCAGUGAAGCUCAUCGGGAUGAAUUGCAGUUUGAUGAAACAGUACAUCGAGUUUGUGGCUGACAGGCUCAUGCUGGAAUUAGGCUUCAGCAAGGUUUUCCGAGUGGAAAAUCCAUUUGACUUCAUGGAGAAUAUUUCUCUGGAAGGGAAGACAAACUUCUUUGAGAAGAGAGUGGGCGAGUAUCAGAGGAUGGGAGUUAUGUCCAGCCCCACAGAGAAUUCUUUUACUUUGGAUGCUGACUUCUAAAUGAACUGGAAAAGUGUUCUUAUUUUGCUGAUUUUUUUCCACUCUUUCCCAUUUAAAAAAAGAAUCAGCUAAUCAACUAGCUACACCCUGUAUUGGGUGUUCAUUAAUGGCCCGGGCAAGACUGUAGCUACCUCAGAUCAGUCCUGUUCAUUGAUGAUCCCAGUGGUGUGUUACCCAGGAAAGGACUUCUGAGCCCAGCCAGCACCUGGGUUCUUUGGAAGAUCAAGAGCACGUCCUGCUUUGCAAGCAAUGCCAUAGCACUACAACUGGGGACCCACCGGCUGAUGGCAGGACCCGGGCAGUUAAGGGUGUCAGCCUCACUGCUUCCAAGCAGGCUAAAGUUCCCUAGCGGUAAAUGAAACCAGCACUUUACCUGCAAAUCACAAGUGCCCCAUCAAAGGGAAAGGCUGACAUAAUUGGUUUCCACAUCAAAUGCAGAAUGUUGUUCCCUAUUCCUGUGAAUGGGAGCUAAGGUGACCAGCAAGGUAGCAG